UAAAACUUAAACAGGGUGGCCGUACAGUUGCUGACUGUUCGCUGGCUUUCCUGACCAUUGCAGCCAGAAGUGGUUGGAAUGACCAAUCUCUGCUCACUGUCUACCGACGUGGUCUGAAACCUGAUAUACAGUCCGAGCUAGCCUGCCUGGAUGACAACUUGACCCUGGACCAGUUAAUGGCGUUGGCCAUACGUCUGGACAAUCUCCUAAGAACAAGAGGAGUGCCUAGGAUCCGUUCGUCUGUCAACAGUGAACCCCUUCAGGUCCAGCAAGCCCAGGAGCCAAUGGAAAUAGGCCUCACACACCUGACCAUAGAGGAGAAAGAGUGCCGGUGGCGUAAUGGUUUAUGUCUGUACUGUGGGGCGUCUGGCCACCUUAGAGCUACCUGUAACCGCCGUCCUCAACCCCAAGGGCCACAACAGUCUGCUGUGUGUGUAGGUGUACACGUCCAAUAAAAGAGUGGUCCGCAGCGCCAUGGACUAUAUUUGCAAGAGGCUUUUCCGCGAAAAUACAAAAAAAUUACACACAAACACCCGGGAGACUGAAAUCGUUUUUUCCGACUCAAGUGCAAUGCUUUCCUCGAUGUCGCUUGUGUGGGUCGUGGCAUUUUUCGCCGUCGGCUCAUCGCUCACCUCCUUCCCCGAGCACAGGCAGGUGGUAAACAGGGGAGCCACGGUCAUCCUGACAUGUAGUACCGACUUUAAGGGCCCCAUAAGAUGGACAUACUCUCCCCCUGAGGAGGAUGAUUUUGAAGUGCACCAGGGCAGCCGGCUAUCCCUCUCCAACUUUGAUGAGCCUGGCAAAUACUCCUGCUGGGGCGGAGACAGGCUCCUCGACAGUGUAUAUGUCUUCCUAGAAGACACUCCCGACAGUACAACCCCAGAACUGAACUGUUUGGCUGAGACCUACGGUUGCUCCAUCAAAUGCUCUUGGGUUGAUCCAAACUACACAGCUGUGCGGCUGAGGAAUCAACGAGACGAUGGUAAGUGGGUAUCUCAGUCCCCUGAGGGAACGUUCAUUGUGUCCCACGUCACUGACUCUGAGGAGAUGGUGCCACUGAAGGUCACCCUGGAAGCCAUCAAUGAUCAGAAAUACCUGCAGAUCCACAAGACCUUCUACCUGCGCAACAUCAUCCAUCCCUCCCCUCCUAAGGUCCUGUGGCGUAAAAAAGGUGAUGUUUUAGAGGUGGAUGUGAAUCCUGCAGACACCUGGGCCAAACCCACCAGCUACUACCCCCUGGAGUACCAGAUAGAGUACAAGAAGACGGAUAACGGGGAGACGGUGAAACAGCUGUGCUGUAAGGGAGAGACAGCGGAUUGCUGGCGUAAAGCGAAGUGCCAGGUCCACGUUCGGGUCAGCAAGUUCCGUGUCCGUUCCCGGGACCCUCUGGUUCACCGUGACUGGGAAAGUGGAGAGUGGACAUCUUGGGAAAAUGUUAUGAAGAAGAAAAGAAGGAAAAGAAAGAAUGGAGAGAAUAAGAAAAACAAUAGAAAGCAGGACAGAAAGAAUGGAGAGAAUAAGAAAAACAAUAGAAAGCAGGACAGAAAGAAUGGAGAAAAAAGGAAGGCGGGAAAGGGAGAAAACCCUGGUCUUCCCACAUCUUUGUGA